AUGCCUUACGAGGCUGAUGUCACUAGCCACUUGCAGCACUCAUCCUCAACUUCUCUCCUCCAACUCUCAUCGUUCACUGCGGCCACUCCAGCAAUACGGCCACACGCCAUGGACAACAUCCCGGCUCAAAGAAGGCGGCUCAUGAUGGACCCGACCGAGUUCUGGAGCAGCCAGUUUGGGCCUCUUAGGCCGUCGACUCCUGGGCCGUCGGCAGGCAACGGGCGCUCCAGCAGCGUAGAUCUCGACGACCCCUUGCUCUCUGCGUCUCCCAGUCAGGUUAAUGCAUCGGAGAAGAAUGGAUCGCGACAGCCGCGUCAUGCCGUGGUUCUGAAGUCACCCAAACAAUCGCAUCAGUAUUCAUGGUCAGAAGGCGACGGCAAUGGUCACGGUAACCGCGUAUCUGGGCCAUCUCAGCAGAGUGCACCCAGCCUUACUUCACGCGCAAAGAAAGAAACGCCAGUGCCCCUCCCAAGGCAAAUCGUCAAAAUACCACCACCGGAGCCAGUAAUGAGGCCGUCAUCAACGCCGAGGCCAAUGCCAACACCAACUCACCUACAAAGACUACCAACGAAGCCAUUCUCUCCGGCAUUCGCAGCGGCGACAUCAUCAAAACCAGCACCAAAGUCAACUCCAGUACCUCUACCUAAACAGCUGAAUGGACCAUCUAUACCAUCUUCAAUACCAGCGCCAACAGUGAAUGCAACAGCAAUAACAACAGCAUCAACAUCAACGCCACCGCCAACUGCAGCCUUAUCACCCACCCCAGCUUCGCAGCCAAGUGCUGGUCGGGGACGGCCCAAAGGUUGGAAGCCCGGCAUGUCUUACAGUUCGCUUCGUGGGCCAAAUUCCGUGGCAAAACCUGUUCGACAAGCCAAGGCAAAGACACUCGCUUUGGGGCCUGCAAAACGCCGUGGAAGGCCGCCGAAAGCGCCAUCCCCUCUUCCAUGGCAAGUUUACCGGUCCCUGGAGAAAUCAUUCGCAGCCUUCCUAUGCGAAUGGGGUAGUUGUAAAGCCGAACUCCACAACUUAGAUACAUUACGACGCCAUAUCUCGAUGGUACACUGCCGUAAAAGACCAUUUGUUUGUCACUGGGGGAAGUGUGCUCAAGACGUGAAUGCAGUGGUAUUUUCUGAUGAUGAGUUGCUUCAAUUGCAUAUUGAAGAAGCACAUCUCAUACCGUUUAGUUGGCAUGUAGGUGAUGGGCCACAGAAUGACAGCAGUCGAUGGCAGCUCGCGGAUGAGGACGAGAUCCCCGAUUUUCUAAAAGAUGAACACGGCAACCAAGUCACGCCGUCCGUACGAGACCAAGAAGUGGAGGACUUUGCUACUUGGAAGAACAAUCGCCAAAAGCUUAAAGAUUUACUUGUUCGGAUGAAUGAGAACCUACCAAGCGAAGAAUCGGACUCCCUGCCUGAUGACAGCUGA